GAGUGCUACAUAAACACCAGAACCAUUGUGAUUUCUGAGCUCCAUGGCAUGCAGAGUUUCAUUCACCUUGUCCAUGGAGAUCUCACAAGCCUUCGUCUUCGCCUCUCUUCUCCUCCUCCUCCUCCUCACAUGGCUUCUCUUCCAUCUCCUAUCCUACCAAGCUCCACCACCCAAUGGCGACGGUGGCCGGCGCAUCCCGAGCCCGCCGGCCCUCCCCGUCGUCGGCCACCUCCACCUCCUCAAGAAGCCGCUGCACCGCUCCCUCGCCGCGCUGGCGGCGCGCUACGGCGGCGGCGCGGGGCUCCUCCUGCUCCGGUUCGGCGCGAGGCCGGUGGUGCUCGUCUCCUCCCAGGCCGCCGCCGACGAGUGCUUCACGGCGCACGACGCCGCGCUCGCGGGCCGCCCGGGGCUCGCGUCGCGGCGGCUGCUCACCGACGGCUGCCCCACCAUCGCCACGGCGGGGCACAGCGCGCGGUGGCGCCACCUCCGCCGCCUCGCCACCGUCCACGCCCUCUGCGCCCGCCGCCUCGCCGCCACCUCCCCCGCGCGCGACGCCGAGGCCCGCGCCAUGGCGGCGAGGCUCUACUCGUCCUCCUCGUCGUCGUCGGCGGCGUCGGCCGUCGUCGUCGGCGUGAAGCCGGCGGCGUACGGGUUCGUGGCGAGCGUGAUCAUGUCCAUGGUCGCCGGCGAGCGCAUGGCGGAGGAGGACGUGCUCCGGUUCAAGGCCAUCACCGAGGCCGGGCUCGCGGCGGCGGGGGCGGCGAACCGGCAAGACUUCCUCCCGUUCCUCCGGCUGCUGGACUUCGGGAGAGCCCGCCGGCGGCUCGCCGGCAUCGCCAAGGAGCGGCACGACUUCGGCCAGCGCAUCGUCGACGAGUACAGGCGCCGCCACCGCCGUCGCCUCGCCGUCGCCGCCGAUGACUUCUCCUCCUCGCCGCCGCGGCGUACGGUCAUCGGCGACCUGCUCCGGCAGCAGGAGAGCUCGCCGGAGUCGUACGCCGACGAGGUCAUCCGUACCGUCUGCUUGAGUUUACUACAAGCCGGAACUGACACAUCAGCAAGCACGAUCGAGUGGGCGAUGGCUCUCCUCCUUAACAAUCCAGAUGUGCUCAGGAAAGCAACGGAUGAGAUUAACUCUGUUGUUGGCAUGUCCCGCCUCCUCCAGGAACCCGACCUCGCUAACCUCCCCUACCUCCGGUGCAUCAUCACGGAGACGCUCCGGCUGUACCCUCUAGCCCCGCACCUUGUCCCGCACGAGGCGUCACGUGACUGCAUGGUCGCUGGACACGUCAUCGCACGCGGGACGAUGGUGUUGGUCGACGUGUACUCCAUGCAGCGGGAUCCCCGUGUUUGGGAGGACCCGGACAAGUUCAUACCCGAGAGGUUCAAGGGUUUCAAAGUCGAUGGAAGUGGGUGGAUGAUGCCCUUCGGUAUGGGGAGGCGGAAGUGCCCCGGUGAAGGCCUUGCUCUUAGGACGGUAGGGAUGGCGCUAGGGGUUAUGAUACAAUGCUUUCAGUGGGAGCGCGUCGGAAAGAAGAAGGUUGAUAUGAGUGAAGGUUCUGGGCUCACCAUGCCUAUGGCCGUGCCUCUCAUGGCCAUGUGCCUACCACGUGUGGAGAUGGAGUCUGUGCUCAAAAGUCUCCUUCGAUGGCGACGCUUAGCUGAGCUGACAGUGACCUCAGCCAUGGCGGCCAGCAGCCGGCAUGGGCCAUUCAUCAAUUGGAGUGAUGGGCUCUUCCUCUUCUUGUCUUCUUCUUCCUCGAGGAAUCGCUUCCUGAGAGUGUUCUUGCCGUUCCCGGAUCCGUCGACGAUGAUGGCUGGUCUCGAGGUUGCCACGACAGCGGUGACCGGCGGCGACGCUAGCCUGGUUGUCGUCGUCGGCGUUCUGUUCUUGAUGGUCGCCGUUGUUGUGAUGACGAGGUUGGGUGAUGGAGGUGCGGCGCCGAGCCCGCCGGCGAUGCCGGUGCUCGGCCACCUGCACCUGAUCAAGAAGCCGCUGCACCGCUCGCUGGCGGAGGUCGCCGCGCGGGUGGGGGCGGCGCCGGUGGUGUCGCUGCGGCUGGGCGCGCGGCGGGCGCUGCUCGUGUCGACGCACGCCGCGGCGGAGGAGUGCUUCACGGCGUGCGACGCCGCGGUGGCGGGGAGGCCGCGGCUGCUCGCCGGGGACGUCCUCGGGUACGGCCACACCACCGUCGUGUGGGCCUCCCACGGCGACCACUGGCGCGCGCUCCGCCGCCUCCUCGGCGUCGAGCUCUUCUCGAACGCGCGCCUCGCCGCGCUCGCCGCCGACCGCCGGGCCGAGGUCGCGUCCCUCGUCGACGCCGUCCUCCGCGACGCCGCCGCCGGCGGCGGCGGCGGCGGCACGGUGACGCUCCGGCCCAGGCUGUUCGAGCUGGUGCUCAACGUGAUGCUGCGCGCGGUGACCGCGCGCCGCCACGCCGGCGACGAGACGCGCAGGUUCCAGGAGAUCGUCGAGGAGACGUUCGCGGCGAGCGGCUCGCCGACCGUCGGCGACUUCUUCCCGGCGCUCCGGUGGGUCGACCGUCUCCGCGGCGUCGUGGCCACCCUACAAAGCCUUCAGAAAAGGCGCGACGCGUUCGUCGCCGGCCUCGUCGACGACCACCGCCGAACACGCCGCGCCGCCGCCGCCGCCGCCGACAAGGAUCAGAAGAAGAACGGCAUCAUCGACGCCCUCCUCACGCUGCAAGAAACCGACCCCGACCACUACACCGACAAUGUCGUCAAGGGCAUCGUCCUGGUGCUGCUCACCGCCGGCACCGACACGUCGGCGCUGACAACGGAGUGGGCGAUGGCGCAGCUGGUGGCGCACCCGGAGGCGAUGACGAAGGUCAGGGCCGAGAUAGACGCCAACGUCGGCGCGGCGCGGCUGGUGGAGGAGGCCGACAUGGCGAGCCUCCCCUACCUCCAGUGCGUCGUCAAGGAGACCCUCCGGCUCCGCCCCGUCGGCCCGGUGAUCCCGGCGCACGAGGCCAUGGAGGAUUGCAAGGUGGGUGGCUACCAUGUCCGGCGUGGCACGAUGAUCCUCGUGAACGCGUGGGCGAUCCACCGCGACGGCGAUGUCUGGGGCUCGCCGGAGGAGUUCAGGCCGGAGCGGUUCAUGGACGACGGCGCCGGCGCCGGCGCGGUGACCGCGGUCACCGCGCCCAUGCUGCCGUUCGGGCUCGGCCGGCGGCGGUGCCCCGGCGAGGGGCUCGCCGUGCGCCUCGUCGGCCUGACGGUGGCGGCGCUCGUGCAGUGCUUCGAUUGGGAGAUCGGCGAAGGCGGCGCCGUCGACAUGGCCGAAGGCGGCGGGUUGACGAUGCCAAUGGCGACGCCAUUGGCGGCUGUCUGCCGGCCUCGAGAGUUUGUCAAGACUGUGGUGUCUGAUUGCUUCUGAAUAUAUGAUGUUUCGGUGUAGUUUUCUGAAAGAAAAUAGUAAAUCCAAAAUGUGAUUUGGAUUGUUUAGUGAUGGCAAUGUUUAGAGGGGUCUUGAAAUUCAAAUUUUAGAAAUAUAGAAUAAAUGUUUGCUAAGUAAAUAGUUGUACCUGUACAAGCUUAUUAAUGAACGGACCCAUCGGUUCGCUUA